GCUUACGCUAUAUUUGGUCCGUUGUACGGAGUCGAGAUGAAGAUGUCCGCGCAUGACCUGGCUGUGGCAGGGACUUACAGCUUCCUGCUUACGAUUGUGAACAUUAUCUGCAUCUACUUGAUGGGUCUGCUGAUGUUCAAGAUCAAGGAGGUGGCGCCCAUCCCCGGCAAGACAGACUUCUGGAAAUCAGCCGUACACGCGCAACGACUACACCCCCGCGGCAAGGGCUAUGGCAACCAUGGGCUGCCCAUGGAUAUACGCAGUAGCGCAGAGUUGGAUGUGGAAGCACAGAGCCAAGGCACAUACCACACACAGUACCAGAGCACCCUACGCAACAACAACACGUACCAGGGUGCUGUGCCGGAUGAGGUCUAUGGCACUGGCUUUGGGGCGCUGAUGGCGUACAGACCACCGGUGCACGAGCAGUCACACCUGAACCAACUCAACAACCAGUUCACACUAACCCAACGCACACUCAACGCACUCAACAACUCAACCAUGCAAAGGGGGGGGCACCAGGCAUAGGAAACCACCUGCUCAAGGAGACGGCUGAAGAACACCAGCACCCCAGCGUGCAGCAUGUGUGGAAGGCCAACCAUAGUAUCGUGUGAAGGGGGUGGGGGGGGGUUGCUUAGCAACGGGUGAGUUAGUUAGUUGUGGGGCAAGAAAGCAAAAAUAUAAUACUAACCGUGUGGGGUAUUAGAACAAUCUGGACAGAUGGAUAACUCAUCACCACGCCGAUCACAGACAACAUAGACCCCAUGGCCUUAUUUGGGACGUGCUAGGAUCACAACUCUAGCGCUGUAAGACUACGGAAUGGUUCAGGUGCAGCAAAUGGUCCUGAAUCACAGUACGAAACGGUUUAGGUGCAGUAAAUGGCCCUACGACUACCAAACCGUUCAGGUGCAGUGAAUGGCCCUACAGCACACUACGGAAUGGUUCGGGUACAGUAAAUGGCCCUAAAUCACACUACGGAAUAGUUUAGGUGCAGUAGAUGGCCCUAAAUCACACUACGGAAGGGUUUAGGUGCAGUAGAAGGCCCUAAAUCACAGUACGGAAUGGCUCGGGUGCAAUAAAUGGCCCUAAAUCACAGUAUGGAAUGGUUCAGGUGCUGUAAAUGGCCCUAAAUCACAGUACGGGUUGGGUCAGAGAUAUCUGUCGCAGACAUUGUGCCGGUGAGAUUCUAUACCCAGGAAUAUGCCCUGGCAACUGAAUGGGUCACACACAUAGAUACGCACGGCAUCAAUUGGCCCAAGACUUUGUCCCAAUUCCUGCACCCGUCCCUGUUCUUCCGGGUGCUUUGUGAGCGGAGGACUUGCCCCAAUUCGCGACAGUACAUGUGCCGUGAGAACUAGUGAUCGAUCGAGGUUUUAUCACGAUUUGUCAGCCAGCGGUUUACCUCAGUAUCUGUUUGGUGCUUGUUAGGGGAGGUGCUGUUUCUUUGAGAAAUAGGACCGGUCCUCCUGGCGCUGCACCUGGGACACCGACACCGUGUCAAAAGGCUAAACAACGCUGACCCCACUCAGUGGGACCCCAUCGCACUAUGUGGAUGAGAGCCGCCGACACAGCCAUGCGCCGAGCUGAGUGUUGGGGCUAUUGUGUGUGAGAGGCAAGCGACGACUUAGAGGCAUCCUUUUAGGCCUGUUCUGUCAAGUGCGUUGUAGGUAGGUUUAAUGGCUGUGGGGCAUAGAGAGACCCCAUGCUGUAGCAACGGACAUCACAAGAACAAGGUCUAAACAACACACAACAUAACACGUACAAGCGGUCAGACUACUCUGUCUGAAGCACACACAACAUGCACAGGCGAUAAGACUACUCUGCCGAAUAAGGGAGUCGCCUGGUGACAAUGCGUACAUUUUACUUAUGCGAAUAGUACCGAGUUGUAGGAAUAGUACAAACAGAAACAGAGCUGUAAGAAUAGUACAAACAAUAAACACUUAAAUGGAGGAAAGCUCUGACAAUACAACCCAAUGGACUGCGAUAUAGAGACCCUCUCCCGACGUCAGAAGUACAUCGCUCGGAGAAGCCGUGUUGUGGUAGAAUCGUCAGAUGUGGAGGAUGCGACAACAAUGCCACGCGCACUAUUCCGAUGACUCAAAACACUACUCGACGUACGUUGGAAGCUUUUAUCACGGUGCGCGUUCUGGUAGUGGAGUGAGGAGUGUAUGGUAUCCAACACGUGGACUGUCCCAGUAUAAAGUACAGUAUGAUUGGCGGAGUUCGCAUGCGUGACGAUGUCCAUUUCGGUUGCAUGCAGGACUAAGAUAAGUCAAAACCAUACGAGGCACAGCUAUUAAGUAGGUAAGGAGCUCUACUUUAACAAAGCGGCAUGGGCAACCAGUAUUCCGGUGGUUGGGAGAUGCACAAACCGCACAGUACAUUUGCAAUCAGUUGAAACAACAGGCUGUCGCCUUGUGGACAUAUGAAUGGCUGUGGUAGCAACAUAAUCUGCAUAGAUGUUGGUUAAACGUUUUAAAGAUAAGCGCAAAGACUAAUAUAAGAUUAACUUAUAAAAGAAGGAUAUGUGACUCAUAUCUCGGAAUAAGGUUAAGGUAUACUUCGCGCAUAACAAAAGGGCC